AUGUCUGGAGCCGGCGACACAUUCCAUACCACAAGGGAGCAGCUCCGCAAAGACGAAUCGAAAACAUCCGGAUUCCACGGCGGCAAUAUCCCCGCAGAUUCAGAUGUUUCCCAGAUGAAGUCCAUCAUUGAUUCAAAAACCGACAAACAAGCCGAUAUCGACCGCCGUAAAGCCAACCUCCCCCUUCCCGAUCAGCCACAAGGUGAAUCAGGCCUGGUCUCAGCAAACAUGAAGACAACUGGUGAAGGGUCGGGUGCGGUGUCUUCAUCUGCGGGGACGGGUGAAGAAGCGAGUGCCCUACGACAGCCCGCCACGGCGGAGAGUAGCGUGAGGACCUCUGGUGAGGAGAUGAAGACUCACACUGUUCCUUUUGAAAAUGUGGGCCGGCAGGGUAAGGAAGGCUUAGAAGACCUCCCAAAGGAUGCAAAAGCUAGAUAA